AUGACCCCUCUCAUUCAAGCUGCUGAAUCAACAUCACCCCAGUCACAUCAGUCCAACCGGGGAACAAUCAUCAUAUCGGGGCUCCCUGCCUUUGAUCCGGAGUGCCCCAUCCAUGGUCAUCCUCUCCGUCAGGGGUCGGGCUCUGACAUGUCUGACCGGGAUAAAGGUAAAGCAAAAGCAAUUAUGGAGGAUGACCCAAUUAUUAACACUAAUCCUGAUGCUGUUAGGCACAAUGGUGCUUUACUGGACCCCUCUACCUUCCCAACCUUGGGCCCUGAUGGCGAGAUAACUAUGGGCCUAACCCAAUUUUUUUAUGAUCACUCCCUCAAGGACUUCAUCUCUGUUAGUUCUGUUGAUCAUACUUCUUUGGGUCUGACUGAUCACUCUUCUGUUCCCCUUUCUCACCACCCUUCUCAACCCCAGCUUCCUCAGGCCUAUCAAACGAAUAUAUCCAGGCCUGCUCCCAGCCACUUCUCUACAAAAUCAGACAUCCCUUACAACCAGUCCGUCCACACAAAUAAUCUCCCAAACACCCCCACUGAACUAGUCUCUUUCCGGUCCCCUUCUACUCAGACAACCCCAACGCUUCCCAGUUCGCCCCCCACUUCAAGUCAGGAAGGUGUUGUCACUGGUAUUGCCUCUUUCCUGGAUCAGCUUCGUCUCAAAUGUCAGACUGAUGAUUCCUUUCUUCUCUCUGACCGGCUGACUAAAAAGACAAAAUCAAGCUCUAUCCCCACUACAACAGUUGGAAUCUUACAAGGAAUCCAUAUUUCCCCUUACUCCCCAAAUGAUGAUCUCCCUGAUCCAGAUUUGGAUUUGCCCCUGAAUCUGCUUGCUGCUAGGGGCCGGGGCCGAUCUGGUCGCAAUAGGAGCCGAGGAGGUCGGGGAAGAGGGAGAAAACGAGGUACUUUGGUUGCCUCUGUUAUGUCACCUCACCAAUCUGAAUCCAUACUUAGGGAGACUCUCUCCACUCCUGAAGGGCUUUUUGCCGUACAAAUCAUCUUAGCUGAGACUUACCAGGGACCUAAAUUCACCUGGUACUGUUUUCAGCAUGGAAAGGUGGUCAUCAAGGAAAGGCUGGACCGUGCUUUGGGCAAUAAUUCUUGGAUUGUUAAUCAAUCCCGAUCUCAAAUCUUCCAUCUUCCUUUACUGGGAUCUGACCACCGACCAAUUUUGGUUGACACGGCUCCUGCUCAAAAGAUUAAUCCUCAUCUCUUUCGUUUUGAGCAUCUAUGGACUCUCCACCCGGAUAGCUAUAAGAUUGUCCAAGAAAAUUGGAAGCCCUGUCUUCCUCCUUCAGCUAGUGUGUCUUGGGCUAGAAAUUUGCAAAGCUGCAAAUCCUCCCUUGGUUCUUGGGCCAAAAACACCUUCCCAAACUUUGGUAAACAGGUCAGCUCUAAUAUCAAUCGAAUCCAAUCCCUUUUGGAUUCUGAUCAGGAUGAAAUUCAGGGGGAUAUCUCUACUGCUACUAAUCAGAUUGCUUCUCUCUGGUCUCUUGAAGAAGUUUAUUGGAAGCAGAGAUCCCGCAUCUCUUGGCUGGCCCAUGGGGAUCUUAAUACUCAUUUUUUCCACCAGAGCACUUUACUCCGCAGAUGCCGGAACAAAAUUCUUCGGCUUAACAAUGGUUUUGGCCAGUGGUUAACUACUGAGGACUCUAUUGUCUUGCAUCUCAACAACUAUUUCAAGGAUAUGUACACAGCCAUACCAACUAACUAUACCCAAACUGUUCUGGACUUUGUUGAUCCGUUGGUCACGGAUGAGAUGAAUGAUUCUCUGAUGGCUUUUAUUUCCCUUGAGGAGGUUAAAGCAGCAAUUUUUGAAUUAGGAGCUCUCAAAGCUCCCGGCCCGGAUGGGUUCUCUGGUUCCUUCUACCAGACUUACUGGGACAUUAUCAAGGAGGUUGUUCUUGCUGCAACACAUCAAUCCUACGAAUCAAUGACCAUUCUUGAGCAAUUCAACAACACUUUCAUUGCAUUAAUUCCAAAGGACAAUAUCUUGGUGGCACAUGAGAUGUUCCACCACCUCAAACUCUUGAAAUCUGGUAUUUAUGGGGAAUUUGCUCUCAAACUUGACAUGAACAAGGCUUAUGACCGAGUGGAUUGGAAUUUUCUGGAGGUGGUGCUACUCAAACUUGGGUUCCACCGUACCUGGGUUCGCCUUGUUAUGAAUUGUGUAACUUCGACUUCCAUGACUCUCUUGAUCAAUGGCUCUCCAGGUCUUUUAGAUGCAAUCAAGCUAAACACUGAUGGACCUUUGGUUAGCCACCUCUUUUUUGUUGAUGACUCAAUCUUCUUCCUCAAGGCCACUUUGUCAAAUUGCGAGGUGUUGUCUGAUACAAUUCAUCACUACUGCUGUGCUUCGGAUCAGUCUAUCAAUAAGCAAAAGUCCACCCUCUUCUUCAGCCCCAACACCCAACCACAGAUUGCUCAUCUCAUUAGCUUGGUUCUGGACAUGAAAUCGGUCCCAAACCCGGGCCGAUACUUGGGUCUUCCUACAGUUUGGGGCAGAUCAAAGAUCUCAGCUUUGGCUUAUGUUAAAGAUAACAUACUUCAGAAGAUUUCGGGUUGGUCUAAAUCAACUCUAUCUCAAGCAGGCAAGGAGAUAUUGAUCAAAUCCGUUGCAAUGGCAGUCCCGAUGUACCCAAUGACUGUUUUCAAGUUCCCAGCUGGGCUCUCAAACCAAAUAAACUCGGUGUUGGCUGAUUUCUGGUGGGGGAAUGCUUCAUCCCCGAGUAUGCACUGGAAAAAAUGGGCUUCUCUUGAGGCCACCCAUGGUUCUUCCCCUUCAUGGGCUUGGUCUAGUCUCCUUGAAGGUAGGCAUCUCAUCACGGGUGGAGGAAUGUGGCAGGUUGGUUCUGGAUCCCAAAUUGACUUCUGGAAGGAUAACUGGAUCCCUAGAUGCCCCUCUGGUAACCUCCUCCAAUACAGGCCCCAAAAUGCCCCUUUACUGAACUCGAUGAAUGUCUCUCAUGUCAUCGAUAGAUCAUCCAACUCUUGGAACCUGGAUCUGGUCUCAUCUUUCAUUCCUUUGGAGACCUUGAAUGCCAUUCAAGCUACCACUUUUGGCUCCCAGAACGACCAUGACAAGCUAAUUUGGGCUCCCACUUCUUCAGGAGUUUAUUCGGUCAAGUCGGGUUAUGCACUUCAAGUUUCUGGUACUUCACAUAACCUUGCCUCUCACCCUCAUCAAUCCCAUUCUAUUGACUCCAAAGUUUGGAUAUGGCUAUGGAAAGUCCGAGCUACUCCAAGAGUGAAACAUUUCCUUUGGAGGGCUCUGUCAAAUGUCUUGGCUACAAAUCACAAUCGUCACACUAGACACUUGACUCAAUCUCCUUUGUGUCCGCUGUGUCAAUCUCACCCUGAAACGGUUGAACACAUUCUCUUGUUAUGCCCAUGGGCCAUGCGUACCUGGUUUGCCCACCCACUCUCCUAUAGAAUUGACUCUCAGACCAUCACUUCUUUGGACAGGUGGCUUACUGAGUUGUUCCUUUCAAAUGGUGGCCUUUGCAAGACAGACUCGCAGUUCACUACACAUGUGGUUUUCUUACUGUGGUACAUUUGGAAAGAACGGUGUAAUUGUGUGUUCGAUCAUAUCUCCCCUAAUUCUCUUUCGGUGGCGUCGAGGGCUUUUAGAGCUUCCUCGGAAUUUCUGGCAAUUCCUACUUUCAUCAGCCCAAAGAUUCACCGCCCUUGCAACUCAGAGGACUCCUCUCAUUGGCUUCCACCUCCGGUUCACUCUUGGAAAAUUAACACGGAUGCGGCAUGGGAUUCUUCCACUCUUUCUUGUGGGCUCUCAGCUCUAUUACAUGACUCUACUGGAACUUUAGUAAAAGGCUUGUCCCAGUCGAAUUUUGCUUCCUCAUCCUUGGCUGCUAAAGCCAUGGCAAUUGAUCUUGGCCUCAGCCUUGCCUCCUCUAUACCUCUAUCUUCUUUUCAGUUGGAAUCAGACUCUUUGGUUUUGAUAUCAGCUUUUUUAAACCCUUUGUCUGCGGUUGACUGGUCGGCUUCUCAGAUUGUAUCCUCCAUCCGAACAAAGGCUUCUAGCUUCAACUGUGUAAACUGGCGUUGGACCAGUAGGGGGACAAACGCUGCUGCGGAUCUUGUGGCAGCGUGGGCCUCGCGCAGGGUGUGCCCGGUGGAUUGGGUCUCUAAUCCCCCUCCCUCCCUAAUGCGCAUUUUACUUUAUGAUGCAGCUGCCUCUGUUUCUGUUGGCUUCUUGGCCUGUUUGUUUCUCUUGUAA